AUGCUGGCGCUAUUUCGGCCCGUGCAGUCACUGUUGUCCGGCCCCUGGAGGCCCAAGGAGAAUCCGUGCCUUUGUGGAACUCGCAGCAGAACCCCCAGAGCCAUGUCAGCCGCCGCUGUCGCCCUGUGGCUUGGAGCGGUGGUCACCAUCGUGUCGCGGGCCCACGCUGACCGGAACGUGUACCCAUCUGCCGGAGUGCUCUUUGUUCAUGUUCUGGAGAGGGAGUACUUCAAAGGAGAGUUCCCCCCCUACCCCAAGUCUGGUGACGCUGGGAACGACCCCAUCACCUUCAGCACUAACCUGCAGGGCUUCCCCGACCGACCAGGCUGGCUGCGCUACAUCCAGAGGACCUCCCUGAGCGACGGGGUCCUGUACGGAUCUCCCACGGCGGAGCAUGCGGGCAGGCCGACUGUGAUAGAGAUCACAGCUUAUAACCGCCGCACGUUUGAGACCGCUCGCCACAACCUGGUGAUCAACAUCAUGGGCACAGAAGAGUUCCCGUUGCCGUACCAGGCAGAGUUUUACAUCAAAAACAUGAACGUGGAGGAGAUGCUGGCCAGCGAGGUCCUGGGAGACUUCCUGGGAGCGGUGAAGAAUGUGUGGCAGCCAGAGCGCCUCAACGCCAUCAACAUAACGUCUGCACUGGACAGAGGCGGUCGCGUGCCCCUGCCCAUCAACAACCUAAAGGAGGGGGUGUAUGUGAUGGUGGGAGCUGACGUUCCCUUCUCCUCGUGCCUGCGGGAGGUGGAGAGCCCACACAACCAGCUGCGCUGCAGUCAGGAGAUGGAGCCUGCCAUCAGCUGUGACAAGAAGUUCAGAGCACAGUUCAACAUAGAUUGGUGCAAGAUCUCCUUGGUGGACAUCACUAAAGUGGUGCCGGUGUACGUUAGUCGCCCAGACCCUGGCCCCGGGAUCCUGCCUGAGUUUGGGGAGUACAACCCGCCCUCCGAGGCCUUGCGCAGCCGGGACUACCUGUCGGACUUCGUGGUGACGCUGGCGGUUCCUGCUGCUGUGGCCAUGGUGCUGUUUGUGGUGCUGGGGUACGCCAUGUGCUGCAGGAGGGAGGGGGUGGUCAAAAGAAACAUGAAAACCCCAGAUAUCCAGCUUGUCCAACACAAUACCAUCCAGAAGUCGUCUAAGGAGCUGCGAAGUCUCUCCAAGAAUCGGGAAAUCUCAUGGCCCCUGUCCACUCUGCCCGUCUUCAACCCAGUGAGUGGAGAAGUGGUGCCCCCCCUGCACCCGGACAGCUACGAGACCACCAGCAUGCCCCUGAUGCAGACGCAGACGAACCUGCAAAACCAGAUCACCAUCCCCCAGCAGCGGCCUUCAGGGGAUGCUUAUGUCAUGUCCACUUUCCGGAGGUUGGAGGUAGGUAUGCAUGGACAGGACAGUGUGGGCUCUGAGGGGUCAGCGGUGACAGCGGUGUUCAGCACUUACUCCAAUGAGGACUACGACCGCAGGAACGAGGAGGUGGACCCUGUGGCCUCGUCUGCAGAGUAUGAGCUGGAGAAGAGGGUGGAGAAGCUGGAGCUGUUCCCUGUCGAGCUGGAGAAAGACGAGGAUGGGCUGGGCAUCAGUAUCAUCGGCAUGGGAGUGGGAGCCGACGCAGGGCUGGAGAAACUUGGCAUCUUUGUGAAGACUGUGAUCGAAGGAGGGGCUGCGGAGAGGGACUCCAGGUUGGUUCAAACGGGGCUGUACAGAGGCCUGGUUCAUGACCUGAGGCUGGGUGGAUUGGAACUGGUUCAUGACCUUAGGCUGGCUGGAUUGGGACUGGUUCAUGACCUUAGGCUGGCUGGAUUGGGACUGGUUCAUGACCUUAGGCUGGUUCAAUUGGGUUUGAACAGAGGUCUGAUUUAUGACAAGAGACUGGUUGGAUUUGGUCUGGCCUUGGGCCUGGUUUUGAACAUCAGGUGGGUUGGAUUGGGUCUGGGCAGGGGCCUGGGUUUUGACAUCAGGGGACUUGUUUUGGACAUGAGGUUGGCUGGAUUGGGACUGGUUUGCAACAUGAGGUUGGCUGGAUUGGGACUGGUUUGGGACAUCAAGUUGGUUGGAUUGGGAUUGGUUUUGAAAAUCAAGUUGGCUGGAUUGGGACUGGUUUGGGUCAUGAGGUUGGCUGGAAAGGGACUGGUUUGGGACAUCAAGUUGGCUGGAUUGGGACUGGUUUGGGACACGAGGUUGGCUGGAUUGGGACUGGUUUGCAACAUGAGGUUGGCUGUAUUGGGACUGGUUUGCAACAUGAGGUUGGCUGGAUUGGGACUGGUUUGGGACAUGAGGUUGGCUGGAUUGGGAUUGGUUUUGAACAUCAAGUUGGUUGGAUUGGGACUGGUUUGGGUCAUGAGGUUGGCUGGAAAGGGACUGGUUUGGGACAUCAAGUUGGCUGGAUUGGGACUGGUUUGGGACAUGAGGUUGGCUGGAUUGGGAUUGGUUUUGAACAUCAAGUUGGUUGGAUUGGGAUUGGUUUUGAACAUCAAGUUGGUUGGAUUGGGACUGGUUUGGGACAUGAGGCUAGCAUUUGUGUCCGAGCCAUGA